AUGGACCAUAAGAAUGACGCUAGAUUUGAAAUGAUAAACGAAUGUUGUAAAUACUAUGAAGACGAUAGAAUAGAACUGAAAAAAAUUGAUGACUUUCAAAAAGAUUAUCAUGGUGACAGAGCCAUUCUAUGGUAUACCGCUGAUUCAUUUUUAUUUCGCUUAGUGAAUAAAGCAUUUAGAACAGAACUCAUCGAGAAAAUUUAUGUAUUUCGAUUAUUCAUUACCGAUUUAUAUAAUCAAUUAUUAAAAGAAUUUGAAACUCAACAAAAAAUGAAACGCAGUUUGAAGGUAUAUAGAGGGGCACAAAUCGAGUCGAAUCUGGUAAAACAACUUAAAAAUAGUACUGGUAUACUUAUUUCAAUGAAUGGCUUUUCAUCUGCUACCAGUGAUAUUGAGGUUGCUAAAAUAUUUGCAGGUGAUGGUAAACAUAAUUUAGGAUACGAAUCAGUGUUGUUUGAACUGAAUAUUGACCCAGACAUUCAACCAAAACCAUAUGCUGAUAUUAAACAGCAUUCUAAGUUUCCGGCUGAAAAAGAAUUUUUAUUUUCGGUUGGAACUACAUGGCACAUCAACUCUGUCGAACUGAAUCGAAAAAAAAGUGUUUGGGUCAUAAGCUUAAGAUUAACUUCUGAUCAAGAUACAUCAUCGAUUGAACUAUUAAGUCAAGUGAAUGAACUAAUUUCACGACCAUGCACGCCAUUAACAUUAGCAAAUGUUUUACUUGCUCUAGGAGAACAUGAUACGGCAAAGAUAUAUUAUAAUGAAAUGCUUAAGGACCAUCUAAAUGAACAAGAGAAAGAAGAUAUUUACAUGGGUCUUGGAAUACUCUGGUAUGAAAAAAAUGAAUCGAACAUAGCUUUAGAUUAUUUUGAAAAAACACAAAUAUCAAAAACAUUUGCUCAAUCUCCACAUAAUCUUUGUCAAUUAUCAAUAAGUAUCAAUCAAGUAACCAGUUAUCUUAGAAAUAAUAAAAGAACUCUUUCUAUAAAAUAUUAUUGUGAAAUGAAUAGUAUUAUUUUAAUAUGUUUAUUAGAAAAUGAAGAUAAUUCGUAUGUAAAGAUUUUCAAUAAUAUUGGAAUUAUGAAUCAUAAAAAUGGUAGUUACGAAGAAGCAAUGAAAAAUUAUACAACAGCGCUUCAAACUGUAAAUGACUACGAAACAGUACAAAAUAAACAAGAACAUGCAGCUGUAUACAAUAACAUUGCUGGUAUACAUUAUUGUAAAGGUGACUAUGACUCAGCACUGAUAAACUAUGAACAAGCUAUUAGGAUAGCUGAUCAAAUGGUCUCAGAUUCUUGGAUUCGAGAUUUUAAAAAAAAUCAAGCUGCUGCUCAACGACGUUACGUAAUUAAGAGGGAUAGAUAA